GCGAACCCUCAAAAUAUUCCAAGGCUUUUACAUAAACCCUUCAAAAUGAGAAAAUCUUUGAUCAGCCUCGCCGUCGCGGCAGGCGCAACCGCACAGUCGCAAUUCACCAACAUCCCCUCGGACUUCGCGUCUCUUAUCCCGAGCAGCGCACUAUCGAUCAUUCCCAGCGGUGUUCUGCCAACUGACGUCGCCUCAGCCACUGAUGCGAUCAAUGAUGCUUCCGAUAGUAGCAGUGCCGCAUCAGCAACUGCUAGUGACAGUGGAACCACAGCUGCCGGCUCCCAAACAACAGCUGCACCCUUCAUUCCACCGCCGUUCUCUACAAACCCUGGAGAAUGGUCUUCUAUUUAUCAAUCAAUCCAAUCUGCUGGUUUCUCCUGGCCGUCAUCCGCUUACGGCCCGGGUCAAGGUCCAUGGGUCGGUUAUGGUGGCGGCCAUCCUAACGGCGGUCGCUGGGGUGGCGCCAAUGGUCAUGGCCCUUGGGGAUCAAACAAUUGGGGUCCUUCCGCAUGGCAAUCCAACAGCGCAUGGCACGAUGGCCCGUGGACUCGGUGGUGGGGUGGAAGCGCUUGCCCUGAAAGCGACUGGCCUGGCUGGACGGAGGGUCCUUGGAGCACUGAUGCUCCGUGGACGGGCUGGGCUGGUUGCAGUGCCAGCACCACGGCGACAAGCGUUGUCACCACAACCGUCAGCGGCGUCCAGACCACAGCCACGCAAUACGGUGUCAAGGUAGUUCAGGCCACGGGCACGGGAGGCAGCUCAGCAGGCGCGACGGACAGUUUGGGAAGCCAGGGCGCUGCUCCUAUGAAGACGAUGGCUCCGGCAUUGGCUGCACUUGGUGGCGCUGUCGCAAUUUUCUUGUAGACUCUGCGGUAGUCGAGCUAUAAC